AUGUCCGAACUAAAGAAUAUUAAGUCAAGUAAUCAUCUUUAUAUGUAUUCAAAAAAGACUUAUCAAAUUGAAAUGAUGGCAUGUGGAGGUAUUGCUGCUUUUGUUGGAAUAAUUUCAAUUUUAGCUGUUUUUAUUGAACAAAAAUGGUUAAGAUUCAUCACAAUAAUUAUUUAUGUUUUAUUGGGUUUAACUGCUCUUGGAAUGAUGGGUUUAUAUGGAUAUUCAUAUUUCUUCUUAUUAACUGCAUCAGACAGUACAAUGAGUUCUCAUUUAACACAAUACGAAAAUGCUUUCCAAUGUUGUGGAUGGAAAACCUCUCGUGAUUUCCCACCAUGUGAUUCUGCUGUUGGGUAUCAACAACAACUUACUUGUUAUAAUGCUACUCAAAAAGUUCGUUCUGCUUCACUUCAAAAUUUCAUUUCUGGAGGUGUUUAUCUUCUUCUAACAAUCCUUCUUAUUGUGUUCAUUGCAAUUGUUACUUUUUGUAGUGGAGAAGUUGAUAAUGGUUAUUCUAAGGUAGAUGGUGAAGAAAAUGUCAACGAUGUUGUUGAUUAA